AUGGGAAGGCCGAUGGAAGUGCAUAUUUAUGAUCAGACAAAAACAAUCACAGGUGGGUCCACACCUGUUGGCUCGGCGUUGUCAUGACCUUUUGCCAUGAAAAUGAUUCUCGUGUCAAUUUAAUUACUAAGGGCUAUUCAAACGGUAUUGAAAUAUUUGACUGCGCAUACAUAACAUUCAUAUACUUGAGCAGAUAAGGUUUGGAGAUGGAAUCGAAUUCCCUUUUUUCUUCGAACACGGCAUAACCAUCUGCUAGUUAAAGUGACAUUGACUACACAAAACUUUGAUCACAGUUAAAGCUUUAUGCAUUUUGCUAGGAUCAACAAGCUGCUCUCAACUCAAUGGAGGCUGUAGUCAUCUUUGUCUUCCAAAUCCGAGUGGACAUCAAUGUUUUUGUCCAGAGGGAGUUCAGCUGAAGCCUGGUAAUGCCUUCAUUUGCGAAGGAGGUAAGGAGCUAGAGACAUCGACUGUUCGUUAAUUUUUAUUGCAUGGUUUUAAAUGUUUUGAAAUCGUUAGAGGAAGUUAUUUGUUGAUUACAUCCAUUCAGUCGAUUAAUUUUAGGGAGCACACUGAAUGGUGGUAGAGGUAAUUUUUUAGAUAUUAUCAUACAACAUUUGAAUCGAUACAAAUGUAAAAAGUUGUGUUAAAUGUCUGAUUCAUGCACUGAUUAGGCCUUCAUCUUUUAAUGAAGCACUUGCUACGUUCUAGGAACACUGACGACAGUAGGAGGUGUUCUUUUCUUCGGUUUUUCGGUUCUUGCGCAUUUUUUGAGCUCUCCCGAUAUUCUGUGUAUUUCCAAUCUCGACGAAGGCGCGUUCAAGAAUGAACCAGUUGCCAGUUUAGAAAAGAAGAAUAAUUAUUUUUUUACUUUUUUUGUUCACAGAGAGGCAUUGUCAACAGCUGUAUGCCCCGCCACAUGGAAGUCUAGAGCCCUGCUCUAAUUUGCCGGGACAAACCUGUGAGUUUUCCUGUAACAAAGGGUACAUUUUGACGGGAUCAACAACAAGAACAUGUAACAGUAAUGGAACUUGGACAGGAACUCCAACUCAUUGUAACGGUAACUGAUCUCAAUUACUAUUUCCUUCUUCCAUAAUGAUUUUAGGGGAGGGGUUAUGGGGAUGGGUGCUUUGUGGUGGGUGCAUCUUGAAAGAAACCAGACAUGUCUCUCCUUGUCACCAGCUGCAAUUUCUCUAUUUUAAGUGUAGUAUUCUUAUUGCGUCAAAAAAAUCCAUGUCUACGUUUCGUUUCUUAGUUAUCCCAUCACUCAUUCUCUAACUAGUUAUGAGUGCAACGAAAAAAGAUCUUCCGAAACACUCGCAUUCAUUCUACAUUGCUUCUUUCGCAGUUCUAGAGUUAAUAUUUCAUCAUUAUACUACUUUGAGGAAGUAAAACUCAUACUUUUGUCUUGCGAGUAAAGUUCUUCUGUAUAUGACAGUUGUUUUGUUUCCUUGACAUUAGCGUAUUCCUGUUCCUCAUAUUCAUUCAUUAUUCAAAGCCCUACUGAGGAUUACAAAAAUAAAUACAAAGAUUAUCCAUCUUUUGCAAAAUGACCAUUUGUGUUAUUUUGAAAGUGACAUCUAUUUGUUUUAAGUUUCGUCUUAUUUAAACAGUCAUAAAAUGUCUAACUUUGAUCAUCCCACGGAAAGAGGCACUACUGACCUCUUCAUGCGGUAACACGUAUGGUUCAAAUUGUGUAUUUGGCUGUGAAAGUGGUUAUGGGAGUCCCGACAAAAUAAUUUCUGUUUGUCGACUGUAAAGAUAUCGUCUCGUCUUUCCAUUCAUAAAAUCGAAAAAUAAGCACGACUGAUAAACAUGUAAAUAAAAACGAAGGAUGAAACAAGGGGAAAACAGUCCGAGCUAAUUUGCGGUAUCUUAUUCCAAACUAAAAAGUCAUUUUCGAUACCAAUACAUAUAUAUGUAUUCAAAUUAAACAAUUUUUUCUUUUUGCAGACACAACUCCUCCUUCUUUCAAUAAUACUUGUCCAGAGAACAUGAUGGUCUAUACUCCUGAAUGCUCAUCCAGUGCUUUUGUUGGAUGGAAUGAACCAGCUGCUGAUGAUAAUUCUGGUCACGUGAUUGUUAACUACCCUUCCAUUCGACCGUUAGCUCAGUUGAGCAUUGGAGUCUAUUUUAUAAUAUAUUCAGCUUCAGACGCCGACGGAAACAGAGCUAACUGCACCUUCGUGGUGAAAGUUGCGAGUAUGUCAUCGAAAUAUGUGACAUUGACUUUGCCUUUGAAAAACGUUGCUUGUUUUCUAUCGCUUUUGAUAAGUGUUUGUAUAUUGCUCCGGCGUAUACUCUUCUAUAAAUGUCUAUGUAUGUUUCGUUAUACUUAUCUUCUAAGCUAUCGCAAGCAAAAUUGUUUCCAGGUAGAUCCAUAGUUUCUCUCUUGAAAAUACAAUAAUAGUGAAUACAAGUGUAUUAUAACACUUGAAAUUGCGUCAAUUCAACAUAAUAAGGCUUUAUUUUCACAGGGAAAUCCUGCGUUACACUUCAGCCACCAUCACAUGGAAGUUUGGGCCUUUCCUGUGGCUUUUCAUUUGGUUCCCAAGCUAAUUUUACUUGUGACAGGGGAUAUCAGUUGAUCGGGUCUCGAGAGCGUUUUUGCAAAGAGGACGGCUCCUGGUCAGGAAGCACCUCUACAUGUAAUAGUAAGUAUAUGUUACUUUGCGAGUCAGCUUGCGUUUAGUCUCCAGUCUUUUGUCUUAAGUUUUUUUUUCCAGUGCAGGAAUUGGUUACACAACUCAAACAGUCUUAGCCAUUUCACAGUUAAGAGACAACCCAUGACUAACAAACAUUAUCUUUUCAAGCAUCCUGAAAAUAUUUAGAUUUGUAAAGGUAAAUAGGAGAGGUUUCAAAGACAUGAUUUAAAUUGAGGAUUCCUGAUAGCUGCUUAAAAAUCAGGAACUUAAUCACAUGAUUUCUUUUACCUUAAGUUGUGAGGUGCUCUAAGCCAUUGAGCCUCCAUCUCAUGGAACUGUUUUUCCAAAUUCGUGCAGAUCAGUUUUUGGUGUUUAUUAUAAAACCCAGUGCUUUUUAUCGUGCAACGAUACCCCUGGUUACCGACUGGUAGGCGAAAGUAGCGUAUCCUGCCUCGAAAGUGGAUCGUGGAGUGCGGAUUCAACAAAGACGAUUUGCAAGGGUACCAAACAGAAGAACAUAUAUCUUUAUAAUUGGUCAAUCGUACGCAAUAGUGACGUGGGAGGUACCAGUCCCUUCCGACAACUUUAA